CUGCUCUUGGCCUGCGCCCGCGGAAGCCGGAAGCGGCAGCUGUCGGCGGCGCCGGCUGUGGGCGGAGGAUACGAGACUAGCGCCUGGGGGUUUGUCGACCCCGUGAUGGAUCCGGACCCGACAGUCGCGCUGCGGAGGUCGUCGUUGCUGCAGUGGCUACUGCUGGUGCUGCUGCUGUGGUCGGGGCUGGCUCUGGGCGCGCUCCCUUUCGGCAGCAGUCCGCACAGGGUCUUCCACGACCUCCUGUCGGAGCAGCAGUUGCUGGAGGUGGAGGACUUGUCCCUUUCCCUGCUGCAGGGUGGAGGGCUGGGGCCGCUGAUGCUACCCUCGGACCUGCCGGAUCUGGAUCCCGAGUGCCGGGAGCUCCUGCUGGACUUCGCCAACAGCAGCGCGGAGCUGACAGGGUGUCUAGUGCGCAGCGCCCGGCCCGUGCGCCUCUGUCAGACCUGCUACCCCCUCUUCCAACAGGUCGUCAGCAAGAUGGACAACAUCAGCCGAGCCGUGGGGAAUACUUCAGAGAGUCACAGUUGUGCCAGAAGUCUCUUAACGGCAGAUAGAAUGCAAGUAGUUGUGAUUCUCUCUGAGUUUUUUAAUACUACAUGGCAGGAAGCAAAUUGUGCAAAUUGUUUAACGAACAACAGUGAAGAACUAUCAAACAGCACAGUAAAUUUCCUCAGUCUAUUCAAUCACACCUUGACCUGCUUUGAGCAUAACCUUCAGGGUAGUGCACAUAGUCUUCUACAAACAAAAAAUUAUUCAGAAGUAUGCAAAAACUGUCGUGAAGCAUACAAAUCUCUGAGUCGUCUGUACAAUGAAAUGCAAAAAAUGAAUGAACUUGAGAAUAAGGCUGAACCUGGAACACAUUUAUGCAUUGAUGUGGAAGAUGCAAUGAACAUUACUAGAAAACUGUGGAGUCGAACUUUCAACUGUUCGGUCCCUUGCAGUGACACAGUACCCGUAAUUGCUGUUUCUGUGUUCAUUCUCUUUCUGCCUGUUGUCUUCUACCUUAGUAGCUUUCUUCACUCGGAACAAAAGAAACGCAAACUCAUUCUACCCAAGCGUCUCAAGUCCAGUACCAGUUUUGCAAACAUUCAAGAAAAUUCAAACUGAAACCUACAAAAUGGAGACUUGACACCGUACCAUAUGAAUGAAUGGUGGAAGACACAGCUUGGUCAGAAAGAAGAUAAACUGUGAUUUGACAAGUCAAGUUCUUAAGAAACGCAAGGACUUCAGAUUUAUUUUCAGAUAAAAAUUUUUCAAUUUUUCUUUCCUUUUCCACCCCCCUUUUUAAGGACUUGGGUAUUUUUAAUUUCCAUUCAUAGCAAUGUUGUUUAUUUUAAAGUGUAUUUGUUACAAUAACAGAAGAUGCAAGAACAAUCUUUGUUUUGUAGACAUAUUAUUACUAUUUGAAAUUUCUGGCAUCUCCUUAUUACGUAAGUAUCUCAAGUAGAAAAGUUUUGGAAAAUUAACAUUUAAAAAUUAAUCAGUUACAGCAAACACUUUGAAAAAGAAAUAUACUUGCCAAAAGUUAGAAGGUCCAAAGAUUAAUUUAAAUUACUCCUCAUUGCAGUAUUACUGUUACAUACAUAUUUAGUAUGUCGUACAUUAUAAUAAUAUGUAAUCCAAUCUCUUGUUUCUCUAAAGUCAUUUUUGAAACCACUAACUACAAACCUCCCUAACAAUUUUUAGAAGUGGUAAGCCACAUUACAUUUAUCUUUUUAAAAAGAUUUAUGGUAACUGGUUUCUUACUUGACUUUUAUAAAUAGUAUUUUGCAUCUUAUUUUUGCCUUUAUUUCAUAAGUAAUUUGAAAUCACUGGACUGCUUUGUUAUAUUCAGGGCAAGAUGGAUUCUUUUUAUACCAGGGUUUUGCAUUGUGAAUUACAUUAAGUUAUUUGGCAAUUUAUAAUUUAUUACUACUUUAAAUCAACUGUAGCAUUAUCACACUGUAUUUAAAUUGUGAUUUUUUAAAUGAAGUUUUUCUCUUGGGAUACAUAGGGAUUUGGGAGAGAGAAAGGAGGCAUAAAAAAAGCUUGAGGUUCAGAAAAUAGGCAGGGUCCUGAGAGGAUACUCACUAUAAGGCUCUUGAGCUGUUCAUAUUGGGGGUGUGAAUCAGAAUGAUAGUCUCAUACAGAAAGCAGUUAGAUUAAGAUGAUUCUUAUUUUUUUCUAAAUUAUUUAAAUCAGAUAAAAGUGAUAAGAUUGAAAUAAAAUCACAUAUUUCACUCUCAGAAAACAAAUUCUAUUUUGGAAUGUUUGUAUUAGCCCCUAAAAACACAUUUCAGAAUUGUUCACAAUUUUAUUUCUCAGGUUUUUGGAGUUCAGUAUUUCACUUAUUAAUUCCUUCUUGCUUUCUUGGUGGAAAUGGGCUUUGUUUUCAAUAUUAAGACUAUAAAGCCUCCUCUGUAUGGAAACAGAGUUCGGUUAAAUAGUAAGAGAAUCUGAAUCUCUUCGUAUACUGUAAAAUGCUCUAUAGAGAGACAAGAAAGUGUUUUUAUUAUUUUUUUAUGUUUACCAUAUACACAGAGUGAAAGAGAAGGCUCAUCCUUGGAUGUGUAACAUAUCCAAAAGCUGUUACAGUUUCUCUGGUCUGCUGUGAUCCAUUAAAAAUGUGCUGGAGUUUGUUCAUGCUGCUGAUACAUAUAGCACUAUCUUGAUUUGAAGCAUAUGUUUGAGAGCCUUUGAAAGCAGUCUUCAUUAAUGCAGAUAAAACCAGUUUACAUGUGCAAAGUUAGAAAAUGACAUGUUCGAUUCUGUAAGUAGUGACUUUUUGAGCACCUUUCAAUAUUAUGUAUUUGUAAAAACCAUUGUUUUUGAAUAUAAGGCUAAUAAGCACUUUAAAAAAAAAAAGGCCACCUUUACUAUUUUUCUGGUUGGGUCAUUGCUCUUUAGAAGUAGCAUCAGCAGUAGAUUUCAAAAGUAAGUAUUAAGCGCCACACUAAAGUGUGUAAAUAUUUCAUUUUGUAGUCAUAUUGAAAAAUUCUUUGCAUAGUUCUGAAUUCUGAGAUACAUAGCAUAUAUGUAUGCACAAGACUGUCUUAAGUUUCUUUGACACCUUAAAUAAACGAAAUAA